AUGAAACGAUGGAGAGUGCAAACUUUAUUUCGCUUGCUUCUGUUUGUCAUUAUUUUGCCAACCUGUCGGUGUGCUCAGGGGAAAUAUGCUCAGAAGCUCCUGAAUGAUUUAUUCACCGACUAUACCAGUGCGCUGAGGCCUGUGGAGGACACAAACACCAUCCUGAACGUGACCCUGCAGGUUACACUGUCGCAAAUUAUCGACAUGGAUGAGCGAAACCAAAUUUUGACUGCAUAUUUAUGGAUACGGCAAGUGUGGGUUGAUGCACACCUCAAAUGGAAUAAAGAUGAUUACGAUGGACUCGAUACCAUCCGCAUACCUAGUAGUUAUGUAUGGAGACCUGAUAUAGUCCUAUAUAACAAUGCUGAUGAUCAUUUCACCGGCUCCAUGGACACCAAUGUGGUGAUCCGGCAUGAUGGCCAGAUAACGUGGGAUUCCCCCGCUAUCACAAAGAGCUCCUGCAAAGUAGAUGUGUCCUUCUUCCCCUUCGACGCCCAGCAGUGCAGGUUUACAUAUGGCUCCUGGACCUACAAUGGUAACCAGCUGGACAUCCUGAAUGCCUUAGAGAGUGCUGACCUGGCUGACCUGGUGGAAAAUGUGGAGUGGGAGGUGUUGGGUAUGCCAGGGAAGAAGAACAUUAUUCUGUAUGGCUGCUGUGCUGACCCUUACCCUGAUGUGACCUAUACACUGAAACUCAAGAGAAGAGCAUCCUUUUAUGUUUUUAACUUGCUCAUACCAUGUGUGAUGAUCUCUUUCCUUGCUCCACUGGGCUUCUAUCUGCCUGCAGACUCUGGAGAGAAGGUGUCUUUGGGUGUCACCGUGAUGCUGGCACUCACUGUCUUUCAGUUAUUGGUUGCAGAGAUCAUGCCACCUUCUGAGAAUGUCCCACUCAUUGGAAAGUACUACAUUGCUACAAUGACCAUGAUCACAGCAUCCACUGCCCUGACCAUCUUCAUCAUGAACAUACACCAUUGUGGUCCAGAUGCCAAGCCUGUUCCCAAGUGGGCUAAGAAAGUCAUUUUGCAGUACAUGGCCAGAAUGUGCUUUGUUUAUGAAGUUGGGGAGAACUGCUUGUCACCACAGCCGGAGAAACAGGAACCUCAAUGUGUAAAGAACACCAACUGCACCAUGAAUGGCCAGGCAGGACCAGGCAGAGAGGACCAUGUCUUCAAAAUGGAGAGAGGACAAGAGACAGUGGGCUCCAUGACCGCAGAGGAGAGGGAUGACACGGAUCAGAUGAUGAGCCCAAUAGGCUCAAUCGGGAGGAACCCUACCAACAACUACAGCACUUGGAAGAACGGCAUUUUCAUGAGCAUGGACUGUGGAGAUUCGGGGGGUCCAAGGAGAUGCAGGAAGGGAGGUGUGAGUGAUGGAGAGAGAAAGGACAAAGAGGUUUCCUGCAACAGCAUAAGCAAUGAGAGGCAGCUGCUGCGUAACAUCGAGUACAUAGCCAACUGUUACAGAGAUCAGAGGGCCACGCAGAAAAGGACUGGGGAGUGGAAGAAAGUAGCCAAAGUUUUAGACCGCUUCUUCAUGUGGAUAUUUUUCAUAAUGGUGUUUUUAAUGAGCCUUCUCAUCAUGGGUAAAGCCAUCUGA